AAAAUGUUGUUUUUUAUUGUUAAGUAUGACUCCCAAUGACUCAAUGCAUUGGCCUUUCUUAUAGAGAAAGGUACAAAAAGUACCUUAAAUCAGAACUUUUUAUAGGGAACCAGUUGUUAAGAUUUUGGCAGCUCAUCACUGACUCCGCCACUGACUUCCGCCUUUGCUUCUGGCGAUCCAGGAGGUGCCCCAGGCCUCCACAAAGUUUUUCCCUUUUGAGUUGCUGUAUGACCACUGCCCACGGGGGUUGCUUGACUUGAUGCGCGAAAACUGGGAACAAGCUCCAUCACCCACCCAGGGCCUCCUGAAGUAUGUCCUCCAGCUUCAGGAACGCCUCACACAGGCCGGGGCUCUUGCCCGGGAAAACUUAAAGGCCGCCCAGAAGGCUCAAGCCUGAACCUAUAACCAAGACAGGUGGAGCCGCGACUUUAAACCUGGGGACCGGGUCCUGCUUCUCCUGCCUUCGAGUGAGUCCAAGCUACUGGCCCACUGGCAGGGCCCCUACGAGGUAGUCCGGAAGGUGGGGCCCAUCACCUAUGAAGUCAACUAGCCAGAUCGACGUAAGAAAAUCUAGAGGUACCAUGUCAACCUCCUGAAGCCCUGGUGGGAAUGCGAGGGCCUAUUAAUUAACCCUUACCCGCCGGAGCCAGAACUGGGUCCCCAUGCUGCCCUAACCCAAGACGCCGAGGGACCCCAGCUCGCGGAGACCCUCAUGGACGAACAACGUAAGCAAGUCCAGUGCCUCCUGCAGGCGUUCCCACGAACCUUCACCGGCCAGUCGGGUUAUGCAACCCUUGUCUACCAUACCAUUCAGACAGAACCUGGGGUAGUGAUCCUAGAAACAGCUAGGCCCUUGCAGCACCGCAUGUGGCAGAUCCCCAUGCUAGAACUAGGCGUAAUUGAACCGUCACAGAGCGAAUGGCGUAGUCCGAUAGUGCUUGUAUCCAAGCCCCAAGGGACACGGUGCUUCUGCAUCGACUUCCGACGGGUCAGCGCCAUCUCCAGGUUUGGUGUCUAUCCUAUGCCACGCGUAGACAAGCUGCUUGGUCGGUUAAGGGAGGCUCACUUCAUCACCACGCUCGACCUCAGCAAGGGCUACUGGCAAAUCCCCCCCUUGACCUCGCUUCGAGGGAGAAGACCGCAUUUGCCACCCCAACAGAUCUGUACCAAUUUACCUGGAUGCCCUUCGGUCUCCAUGGUGCCCCAGACAUGUUUCAGCGGCUGAUGGACCAUGUCCUCCAACCCCAUCGAGAUUAUGCGGCCACCUGCCUGGAUGAUGUGGUCAUCUAGAGCCGCCAAUGGGAAUAUAAUUUGGUACAAGUAGCGGCAGUGCUGACAUCCCUGUAGGCUGCUGGAUUGACCGCCCACCCAAAAAAAUGCCGCAUUGGAUGGCAAGAGACUAUUUAUCUGGGCUACACAACAGGGAAUGGACAAGUGAAGCCCCUCGUUGAAAAAGUCCAGGCCCUGGCGGCCUGUCCACCUCCCACCACAAAGCAUCAGGUGUUACAGUUCUUGGGCCUUGCUGGCUAUUAUUGGCGUUUCAUCCCCCAUUUUGCAUCGAUAGCCACCCCUUUGACCAGCCUUUUAAGCAAGGACAGCCCUCAAUGUGCGGUUUGGACCCAGGAAUGCAAAGACGCCUUUCAGGAACUCAAAAAGUGUCUCUGCCGUGAAUCAGUUCUCUACAGCCCAAAUUUCCACCAAGAAUUCAUCUUCCAAACUGAUGCCUCAGAGGUAGGACUAGGCACCAUCCUAUCUCAAGAAAUAGGUGGCAAAGACCAUCCGGUCUUGUAUAGCAGCCGGAAAUUGUUUUCGCGCGAGAAGAACUACGUGGUGGUGGAGAAGGAGGCCCUGGCAGUGAAAUGGGCCUGUGACGCCCUACGUUAUUACCUUCUUGGAGCCCCGUUCACCUUAGUCACCAACCACAUCCUGCUUCGGUGGAAUGAACAAAAUGAAAGAAUAAUAUGAGGAUACAGCGUUGGUACCUAGUGCUCCAGCCCCAUGCCUUUACGAUUCGCCAUAGGGCCGACAAGGACCAUGCUAAUGCCGACUUCCUGUCACACCUGGGGGGUAUGGAAGGGUUUGGCCCCGAUGAACAGGAGCCAGACUUAAGGGUGGGGGUGUAGCGAGACGGUCCGGUUCCCCGCUGCCCAGAAGGGGGAUGAGCCUCCCUGGACACCAAAGUGGGCGGAGCCAGAAAACCCUGCGCCCGCCCCUCAGAGGUCAGGGCACAGGACAGGAAUUAUAAAAGCCCGCCCCCAGAGCUUGCUUGACUCUCAGCCACCGGAGCGACUAGAUGCUUGUGGCGUAGCAACCAGUGGGGACACCCCGGCGAUCGGUGGCCGACCUGGGGACUGGCCAGACCAGACACCACCUGAAGUUGGCCUGAGCCCAGAGACGCUGCCAAGCCUACUCCUCGCCUGUUACCCUGAGGAAUUGCCAGGUCUACCGUGCGCCAGUUCCCCAGGGGAGCUGCCAAGCUUACCUCUCGCCAGCUAUCCUGAGGAACCCAUGGUGCUGGACCCCCUGGACGGCACCACCGUGACUCAGGGCAGCCCUUCCUACUUACGGGGUGAGACAGAGGAGACAUGGCCCGGUCAGAGAGAUCAUCAGUGGACUGGACUCCUGUCAAUGGAUCAUUGGUGCCUCACAAAGACGCCCCGGGCACCGACGUCUUCUGUAAUCGAGGGGGAGUCUUCAUUGUCCGCUCCGACCUGGGCUGCUACCUGCAGACAAAGGAACUAAAGACAGGGACUGGCAUUGAGAUCCGGAGACUGCACCCCGCCUGCCAGGGAGGGGAUCACUACCUGAGUGACAUAAAGGACCCCCCCAACAUCUACAUCAUCAAGGGCGACUCCUACCGGGUGGUGAAGGACUUGAGCACAGAUGCCGGGGCCACAGUCCGUGAGCUGCAUCCCAGCUGCCGUGGUGGGGACCAUUACAUGUACCGUGGUAGUCUUUUACAGAUCUUCGGCAAUGUCUAUGAGUUGCCCAGUGUCUAUGAUAUCUUUUUCUGCGUCAUCUUCCUAGAGCGGGGGGUUAUGCACCAGGUCUAUGACCUGACCACAGAUGAAAAAGGGAAGGAUGUGCCCCUGAAGCCAGAACUCCAAAAGGGGCUCUACUACUUCGGCUACGUUCCCUGCAUAGCCUUGAUCCAGGUGGAUAAGAAAUGGGGGGUUCAGUGCUACCUGUACGGUGACAUAAACUCGGCCCCCCGAGACAUAUUCUCCAUCCACCCCAAUGUGCUGAUCUUCUUCCCCGGGGGGCUGACCUUCACCCAUGGCACCUUAACCGGCAGCUGGGAGUGCAUCAAGACCCUGCACAAUGACUCUGACUCCCCCAUCACCUGGUCCGACAAAGUCACCUGCAAGGUGGGCUACGCCAAUCAGCAGAUGUCCAGCAUUGAGCACAACUGGAGCAUCUCCGCUGAGAUGUCGCUUAAGGCUGGAGCCCUCACCAAGCUCAUCACCAAAUGCGAGUUCUCUCUCAAGGCCGAGUACGGCGGGAAAAUCAUCCACACGAAGCAGGAGGAUUGGAACGAAGCCCGAGAAGAAGAGGAGUCAAUCCAGGUGACCCUGGAGCCCAAAAAGAACCUCUACAUCUGGCAGUACCGCCUCUGCAUGGGCCAGGAGCCCGUCUUGUUCUGCAGAGACAUCCAGUUCACCAAAGAACACAACCCACCCGACCGCAUCCCGCUGCCUCCAGUCCCCUAAGCAUCCAGGAGAAUGCAGCACCAUGAUGCUAUUGUUGACAUGUGUUUGAAAGAGCUUCUCUGAUCCAGUUUGGCCCUUUUAGGUCUUCCCCUGGGUUACCCCAAAUCUCUCCCACCUCAUCCCAGCUGUUUCUCCUGAUGUUCUGCUUCGUGUCCCCAGCUUUACCCAAACCUCAUUUGCAACAUAGAACAGUUAAUUAAAUCAUCUGUCCUUGCUAUUAUUAUUAUUAUUACAGCCAGUCAGAAAAUGGUGUUUGAUUUUUCCCACAAAAAAAUUACACUUUCUAUUGAAACACCAAAAAAAUAUGGCUUCAACUAGCCUAACCUCUCAAAAUUGGGAUGAAAAAAGUUUGGCAAAAAAAUGAAGAAAAAACUGAAAAAUCUUGGCAAAAAGCUGCCCAAAAUAAAUCAAAAUAUAUUUGCUGAAAAGGGAAUAUUGUUUUAUUUUUAGCAAAAAGUUUUCAGGUUUUCUGAUGAAACAGGAACAGCUUUUGAGGGAAACCAACAAUUUCUGUGAAUAUUUUCCUUUUGCAAAAAAAUCCAAUUUUUCCUCAGAACAGUCCCCCAAAAUGCUCUCACUGCUUCAUCUCACCUAACCCAGCAGUUGAGAAGAGCAGGACACCUGGCUUGUCCAUUCUACAGCUUCACUGUUGGCUUCAAUUAACUGUGGAAUCCACCAUGCUGGCCCCAUUGUAUACAUCCUGUUUUGGGGUUCGCUGGAAGAGGGCAAUUCUCUUAUUUUGUAUUCGACCUUUACUACCAGCUCUGAGAUUUUCCUUCUCUGCUGCUCCCAUCACUAUCCAGUAGAUGGCACUGGUGUAUCAACAUUUUCUUUCAUUCUUUGCUUAUAGGAGGCAUUGUGUGUGUUAGGCAUUGAUUUAAACAUUGUAUUUUUGUAUUAACCAACCUAUUAAUUGGGUUUCCCACCUUUUAAAGCAAUUUCUUUUAAAGUUUUGAAGUCACACACAUGCUCGGUGUUUCUGCCUUUCAGUAAUUCAGUUUCCUUCUUGUCCCAGAAAAUUCCUAUCACUUCCAGGGGCAACAAAUUGUUUAAAAGAAAACAGACACAGUCUUAUCUAGUUCCUCUAAAUGUAGUGGACACCAGGACAGAUUUUAAAAGGUAUUUAGGUGCCUGAAGAUGCCAGAUUGGGUUUUUUAUGAACACCAUGGGUGCCUGCAGGAGCGAGAACUUCUUGGGUUGAGGCUUGCAUUGGCCUCCGGUAAAUCAAUGGGAUCAAAUCAGUCCUUUCAAAUCCGUGCUUACCACUUCCCAGCGCCCUCCUCCCAGAUUGCAAACCUGGCUCAUCCACUUCCCCUUCCCCAGCUUCUCUCCAAAUCUUGUUACCAAGGCAGGUGAUUUCAUGACAUGUUCUCUCUGUCUUCUCUCGUUAUAACCUGCAGUCUGAAUUCUGCUUUGGGAUAAUUCUGGGCUCGAAUCUGAUGCCGAAACGCAAAGAAUUAGUCAAGCCAGAAUAAAGAAUUGAUUUUUUCCAGCAUUCAUCAGGUUACUGGGGUUGAAUUUCCUUGAUUUUUCUCCUUGGUUUGGGCUCUGUAGAAGUGUAAAAAGCAGGAGGGAGCUGCGAUGAUCAUAAUUAUAUAUAUAUAAUCUUAUAGUUUAAGUAUUUGGUUUAUUGUAAUAGGUUUCUAGACUUACUUUAAUAUAUAAGUUCGGCUGUAAUGCAAGCGACCUACAGGCCAUAUUCUGUAUGUUAAGCUAAGGUAAAGUUAGCAUAUCUAUGUCCGAGACCUUUCACCCAGAUGGAGAAUGGCAUAUGGGGUUUCCAAGUCUGUACCCACAGACUUAACAGGUACACCAUAAGAAAAGAACCAAAAUAACCGGGACAACAAAAAUAACGUGUGUGUAUGAUCUAAUGUCAUCAAUAGGUACAAAAAUACUAGCCUAUGGAGUAAAUGUAUCCUACCGUUUCUGAUGGUGAGGAAUGAAGUUUGGGUAUAGGAGGAAGGAUUUCAGGCACCUGUGCCCAUAAAAGAGGUGACCCACCUUGCUAGAGUAGACUAGUCAGCUGCAGUUGUUUUUCUUAGAACUUUCUAAGUUCCAAGGAAACUAGGCUAAGCUUGGUAUCCCUAAGCUUUUGGUCUUAGUUUUGUUUAUUAGGUUUUAAUUUUAAGUUAGAGUUUACUGAACUAACUUAGCUUCGAUAGCUCUUCACUUUAGCUUCUUCUAAGCUUUGCACCUCUCACUCAAGAAUUGAGGAACCUGAACCACCAGAGGUGAGGCUGGUCCUAUGUCUCUCACCACCACCCAUCAUGGAAGGGUGUGAGUAUGUUAACCAAAGCUUUGUAGCAUAUAAUACCAUAUGUACCUUUUGAAUAGCAGUAAUACGCUUGUAACUGAUUAUUUUACCCUUUUAAUUACUACUUCAUUUAGCUUAAUAAAAAGUCUUUAAUGCUCUGUC